CUUGCCGUAAAGUGAUGCGUUGAUGUGGAAGUAUUUGUUCAUUUUAUGAGUUUGUAAGGCCAAAGUGGGCGAAGACAGCAGCGUAAUCAUGUCAAAGCCCAGUCUGCUGGUCCUGUAUGGGAGCCAGACUGGUACGGCCCAGGACACGGCCCAGAGGAUUGCACGACAGGCGCUUAAAAGGCAGCUGCAGGUUCGAGUGAUGCCUCUGGAUAACUACAACGUGGCCAACUUGAUCUCAGAGACUCUGGUUGUUUUUGUGUGCUCCACCACCGGCCAAGGAGAGCCCCCAGACAAUAUGAAGAUCUUCUGGAGGUUUGUCUUUAAGAAGUCUUUGCCCCUUGGCUCUCUGAGUUGCUUGGACUGCGCUAUACUGGGCCUGGGGGACUCUUCCUAUCCUAAGUUCAAUUUUGUGGCCAAGAAGCUUCAUAAGCGCCUUCUGCAGCUGGGUGCCAAUACGCUGCUGCCUGUUGGGCUGGCAGAUGACCAACAUGACCUGGGGUCAGACGCUGUGAUUGACCCGUGGCUCACUUCGUUUUGGGAGAACGUGUUUGCUCUGUACCCGUCUUUGGCCGAUGUGAUUCCACUGAGGGAGGAUGAACCGCUCCCUCCAACAUACACUUUCCACUUCCUGGAUGAUGUGAAAGAAAAGACGGAUGACAGGCUGAGGAUUCCCUCCGAACAGACCGUCCCCUCCCAGUCCCAUCCCUUUCCUGCCAGACUAGUGUCCAAUAGGAGAGUAACGGACAUGUCACACUUUCAGGAUGUGAGGCACAUCGAGUUUGAUAUCGCAGGAUCCAACAUUGAGUUUGCUGCUGGUGAUGUGGUGAUGAUGCGUCCAUGUAACACUCCAGAGGACGUACAGCAAUUCUGUCAACUACUGAGAUUAGAUCCAGAUGCCAGGUUCACUCUCAGGGCCACAGACAACAGUGCAGUUCAAGCCAGGCUUCCUCAGCCGUGUACUGUUCGCCACCUGGUGAAGAGCUACCUGGACAUCGCCGCCGUACCUCGCCGCUCCUUCUUUGAGCUGCUGUCCACCUUUGCCACCAACGAGUUGGAGCAGCAGAAGCUGGUCGAGUUCAGCUCGGCGGCAGGCCAGGAAGAGCUGCACAGCUACUGCAACCGGCCCCGACGCACGGCGCUGGAGGUCUUGGCAGAUUUCCCCCAUACUACAGCAGAUAUCAAAGUAGACCAUCUCCUAGAUCUAUUCGCUGAGAUCCAGCCUCGUUCAUUCUCCAUCGCCUCCUCUCUCCAGGCUCACCCACACAGGCUUCAGAUCCUGGUAGCUGUGGUUCAUUACAAAACCAAGAUGUAUAAACCAAGAAGAGGCCUCUGCUCCACCUGGUUAGCCUCCCUGGACCCUGCACAAGGGGAGGUGUAUGUGCCUCAGUGGGUGAAGAAGGGAACUCUGAAGUUCCCCAAAGAGAAAGACACUCCUGUGAUAAUGGUUGGACCUGGAACAGGAGUGGCGCCCUUCAGGUCGGCUUUACAAGAAAGGAUGGCUGAGGGGAAAAAAGCCAACGUCCUGUUCUUUGGCUGUCGCUCUGAGUCCAAAGACUUCUACUUUAGGUCAGAGUGGGAGGAGAUGAUGAAGACUGGACAUCUGAACCUCUUCACUGCCUUCUCAAGAGACCAGGAGGACAAGGUGUAUGUGCAGGACCGUGUGAGGGAGCACGCUGAGCUUCUGUGGGACUUGAUUGCCAAUAGAAGUGCCUGCUUUUACAUCGCUGGUAAUGCUAAGCAGAUGCCAACCAGUGUGUGCGACGCUCUGAAAGAGGUGUUCCAGCAAGAGGGAGACAUGUCCUCUGAGGACGCCUCGCAGAUGCUGGCAACCAUGGAGAGGACAGGCCAGUUCCAGAGUGAGACCUGGUCCUGAUCACA